UUAAAACAACCUUUAAAAUUUGAAGAAAUUGAUUUAACUAAUGAUGAAGCCACUAUAAAUAAAGAAAAUACUAAGAAAACACAAAUGUCACUAAUGGAAAAAUUAGAGUACAAAGAACGAUUAUUACAACUCGAGAAAGAAAGGAAAAAUGAAGAGAAUUACAAAACAGUUGCUAUGCCGCUCACCCCUUUAUCGGAGAGUGAUUCACCCCUUCACACGGUUGGGGAUACGUAUAUUAAUCCAUUUGAAAUUUCAUCAGAAAUUUCAACAGAUCAUAAUACGAUAAUAGAACCCGAUGAUGUAGAUCUUUCGUCACCUUAUGCUCGAGUAUCUUCUAACAAGCCCAGAAGUUCACCAAAAUCGACAACUAUUGAUAUAACGCAACCUUCGGUGACAGGGACGAUCGGUUAUAGACCCAGGCGCUUUGCUACAGAUACUCUUGAUGAGCCAGUAUCAGAAACUAUUCUUAGAGACUUGCGGAAUAUUGCGCUUAAAUUGGGUCAAGUCCUUAAUCCUAAAGGCAACAGAGAUGUCUUGCGAGAUUGGGAUUUAUGGGGUCCAUUAAUUCUUUGUCUGGCACUGGCCUUGCUCCUAACUCUUAAUGCAGAUAAGAAUGAUGACGAUAGCGAUUAUCAAAAAGAACAAAAAGUUUUAGUGUUCACUGGUGUUUUUGUUAUUGUGUGGUGUGGAGCGGUUGUUGUGACAAUAAACGCGAAACUUUUAGGAGGCUCUAUGUAA